CCCAUCCCAGAACUAGUCUAAUGUACAUGUUUUUCAAAGAAGGCUAUGGGGCAAGUUCUCCAGUCCUGCUUGGUGUUGGCUUGAAUCAGGAGUAGGAGGAGGGUCAGACAGGCAUGAUGAUGAUAGAGGAAAUUUGUAAAGGGUAAAAAAGCUGGUCCCGCAGACUGAGGUCAGUCCGAUUCCAACGAGCAAUCACUGCAGUGCUAACUAGUCUGGGAAGGAGGAGAUAGAGAGAGCGGAGCCACAAGCCCACCCGCAAUAUGAUCACACACGCGCCAAUGGAAUAAGCAACAAAACAGUUGGAAAUCGAAAUCAAUCUUCACCGUCCACGAGGAAUUCGAUAUCAAAUAGGUUAUUUUGGUUUUACGCACAAAAGAUGACGUUUGAACCUCUUUCCUUUUACGUGACGCAAAGUUUAGACACGUCCGGGUAGACAGACAACUUUAGGCUAGCUAUAUAUUUUAGGAUUUCAUUACGCGUUUAAAGUUAUCCAUUCCGACUUCAUAACCAAACAUUGCAUUUAGAUGUAUUGUUUAUCCUAAACCAACUGUCAGCAUAUAACUGAGGAUGAUCAUGUUUUCCCACGAGUUAUUCGUCUCCUUCCUCGCGGUUACCUGUCUGUUUAGUAUACCCAGAGCGUCUUCGGCGGCAUGUGAGCCCAUUCGGAUCCCUCUGUGCAAGUCCAUGCCCUGGAACAUGACGAAAAUGCCCAACCACCUCCACCACAGCACCCAGGCCAACGCAGUCCUGGCCAUUGAGCAGUUUGAAGGGCUUCUUGGCACCCAGUGUAGUACAGAUUUACUGUUCUUUCUGUGCGCCAUGUACGCCCCAAUAUGCACGAUUGACUUCCAACACGACCCUAUCAAGCCCUGCAAGUCGGUGUGUGAGCGUGCGAAAUGCGGCUGUGAACCUGUGAUGAAACGGUAUAAUCACACCUGGCCAGAGAGCUUGGCCUGCGAGGAUCUGCCAGUCUACGACCGGGGAGUCUGUAUCUCACCUGAGGCCAUUGUAAAAGCAGAAGGACCAGACAACCCUUACUAUCAGGACCCCACAAAAUGCUCACCUGAAUCAACUCCUGACUUUCCAAGUGAUUCUCACAAUGUCAACUGUAAAGGAGCCAACAAUGAUCGUUGCAAGUGCAAGUCAGUUAAACUGGGUCUCAAGACCUACCUAAAGAAUAAUUACAACUAUGUGAUUCGUGCAAGGGUGAAGGAGAUUAAAAACAGGAAUCAUGACUUGAGUGCAAUCGUGGAGGUCAAAGACAUCCUGAAGUCUUCCUUUGUCAACAUCCCUCGUGAUACCGUCACACUGCACUACAACUCUGGCUGUCCCUGUCCUCCUCUCACCGCCAACGACGAGUACAUCAUCAUGGGUUAUGAGAAUGAGGAGAGGUCCAGCUCAGCAGCCCUGUUUCCUGUGCUGGGACUUAGGAGAAGGCAGGGUGAAGGAGAGGAGAUGGGGAGGGCCCUGGUUCAAAGCCAUCCCCGGCUCACAUGUUGGGGCUGGGGAGAGAGAGAGAGUUGAAAUGGUUCAGGGAUAAAAACACAAAGGCAACACAUCAAACUCAGUUCCGUGGCUCCUGCCUGGCUUUAGUGGUAAAAGAGCCAAUAAUUAGCUAUGUGUUGAACCUGUGUCCAAACUGGAUCCAUGGUUGCUUUUGUCCCAUGUCCAAUGUAACCUUACUCGCGUCAGACAAUACCUACCUGGCUGCAACAGACCCUAAUUGAUUAUCUUCGGUAGAAGUGUGAACAGGCCAGACCAUAGCCAUUAGAAUUGUGAAACUGAUAUGAUAGAAAUUCAUAUGAUGUAUAUGUUUAAGGUAAUGGUAAGAUAAUGACUAAAUUAUUUAUAUGGUAAUGUUAAGAUAAUGACUAAAAAUAUUCCACCCUGAAACCAUAUAAUUGUAUGAAAUUUAUUAGAAUCAUAAAACUAUAAUCUGAUGAUAUGUGUAGUUUUAGUCAGAAUUAGAACAAGGACCUUUUGUUCCUUUUUAGUAUGUAAGCAGGGUGCAAGUGGGAAACAAAUUAUAAGAGGAGCUACCGACAGACUACUGUGGAAUACUGUGUUCCUUACAGGACAUUCUGUCUCCACCCGUGGAGGGGAGAAACUGUUAGGCUUGCAGAAAAUUAUGAAACAUGUUGCAGAUUAAACAAUGUAUCUCUGUAGUGGAAAAAUGCCGACUGUCUGAGCAUGGCGUAGCUUAAGAUUUGAACUUGUUUGUGUGUGUUAUAAAGACUGGGUUUGCAUUUUUUUAUUUUAGAGU